ACAAUCCAUUAUUUUAUCCGCAAUAGCAAGUGGAAUCUAGACUGCAAUAAUUUAGUUCACGUGCCACGAGCUGACGUACAUCCCUGUCGUCUUCCUCGUGUUUGCUACCCAAACAAGCUCCCCAGUAGUCCAAAUCUCUACUUACAUUGCUAACCAGACAGCAGCAACUUUGAGUUGUUGAAGGAACCUACUAGAGUCCUACACCAGCACUGUAAAGCAGAUGGAUGGCUGUUUGGAGGCAUCCCUUUCCCCUUUGAGUAUUCCAGAAUACGUUUUGGGUUGCAGUGGCAGGCGAAUGCCGCUUUUGGGUUUCGGCACUGCUGCUUCUCCGCCUGUCGGAUCACAACUUACCAAGACCGCCAUUCUCCAAGCCAUUGAACUUGGUUACCGGCACUUUGAUACAGCAAGUUUAUACGGGACAGAGCAACCACUGGGUGAAGCAAUUCUAGAAGCAAUUGCAGUUGGGUUAAUUAAAUCUAGAGAUGAACUCUUCAUCACUUCCAAGCUCUGGUGCAGUGAUGCCCAUGGGGAACUUGUCCUUCCUGCCCUUCAGAGGAGCUUAAAAAACCUGAGGUUGGAGUAUCUUGAUCUCUAUCUCAUUCACUGGCCAGUAAGUUCAAAGCCAGGGAUUUAUGAGUUUCCCAUAAAGCAGGAAGAUUUCCUGGCGAUGGAUUUCAAGGCAGUAUGGAAAGCUAUGGAAGAUUGUCAAAGGCUUGGUCUCACAAAGUCUAUUGGUGUUAGCAAUUUUUCCUGUAAAAAGUUGGGUGACAUCCUUGCCUUUGCUAAAAUCCCUCCAGCUGUUAACCAGGUGGAAUUGAACCCACUGUGGCAACAAAAGAAGCUAAGAGAGUUUUGCAAGGCUAAUGGUAUCCUGUUGACUGCUUAUGCUCCACUGGGAGCCCAAGGUACCAUUUGGGGCAGCAAUAGAGUUUUGGAGUGUGAAUUGCUUAAGGAAAUCGCUAAGCAAAAAGGGAAGACAGUUGCUCAGAUUUGUUUGAGAUGGGCCUACGAACAAGGGAUCAGCAUAUUGGUGAAGAGCUUCAACAAGGACAGGAUGAAAAGCAACCUUGAGAUAUUCAACUGGUCGUUGAGUCAAGAGGAUGUGAAAAAGAUCAAUGAUAUCCCGCAAAGCAGGCUUUGUAGUGGACAAGAUUAUAUCUCCAAAUAUGGGCCUUUCAACACUACACAGGAACUUUGGGAUGGAGAAAUUUGAUUUAAGCAUCUAUGUGGAUGCUUGCUAAAUUUGAUUUUGGUAUGAUAUAUGUUAAAGAUCCUAAGCUAGCUAAUUAUAUAAAUUAAAUACUCUUUGAAUUUUAAAUCAACUGAAUUCAAUUAUAAAGAA